AUGGCAUAUCCUGCAGCUGCUCCGGCAUCGCCCAUGGCCGCUGCCGGGCCCUCGACAGCUCGUUACACCGAUACCCCGCCACCGGGCCAAUUUCCACUUUCCAAGCGAGAUAAACGACGAAAUGCCCUCCAGGAUAGAGUUAACGAGUUGAAGGAAGCCUUUGGGAACAACAGAGACUAUCACUUCCGACAGAGGGUGCAUGAACUUCAGAAUGAGAUGGCGUUGAUCUCUAACGCUCAGAUCUAUGAAGACUGGCCCAUCAGUGACUCGCCAGAGGACGUUGCGAAGCAGUUGACACAGUUGGCUGCCAAUGGGCAGAUUACUUCCGACACCCCUAUCUCCGGGAGAUGGUAUUCCAACUUUGUUCAGGAGAUAAACCGGAGUAAGGAAGAGAGAGAUGCAGAAUUAACUGUUAUGAUGAACCGACAUCGUGACUGUUUAAACCGAAUUAAACAAGAACGUGAUUUUCGAAUCCAGCUCGCCGCCGAGGAGUGCAAGAGACUCACGGAAACCAUCCGCGAACGACUAGUUCAAUCAGUCUCCCACCGAAAAAACCGCCUUAUGCGAGAGAAAGAGCAGCUGGAUGUUGCUGAUACUAAUGCGUUGCUUCUACACCCCAAUCAGUUCAGUAUAGCCAAUCCGGGUAGCCCCGGUGGUAUCCAGGGCAAUCGGAAGACGAGACACACGCGACAUAGGAUCGAUGCGGACGACAUUGGUGGCGGAAUUAUCAGCGAGCCGAUUAAUAAACGGAAGAGAAAGGCUAUAGAUGAAGAAUUUGGCGCUUCUCCUAACCCCGAGGGGCUUUCGACUCCUGCAGACCGGGCAAAGUCAAGGAUGUCUCAGCAACAAAACGCAGCAGCAUACAGCAUCCUAUCCCUAUUUACUGAGAAGGAGUUGGCAAUGCAUAGCAAUGCCGCUCACGUGGCCGCAGUCCACUUUCUCUCUGCUUCUAAACGUGCCAAACAAGCAAGCCAGAACGCAAACGGACAGUCUAUCGACAAGGAUGACAUACCAGGCUCUGGCGAUGCAAGUAGCCAGGAAGAUGCCACACCUGGGGCAGCCGAAAUGGAACGCUCAGCUAGUCAGAACGUACACGCAACUCGCUCGACACGCACCAAUGGCACCGGUGCCCUAAACCUUCUCGGAGAAUUAACGGAAAAGAACUCUACUCGCACAAACCUUCCAUACUAUAUCCUUGGUAGCUAUCACCAGCGACCGAACGGAUCAUCGAGUGCCCCCACCCCACCCGCUCUCAUGCCGGAAGAGAUUGAGGACGACCUAGCACGUAUCGAGCGACUGAGCAACACAAAACCCCCAGGAUGGGCCGAUAACCGUUUGAUCAACAACUUGUUGACUACUCUUAUGGGUACAGAUGAUGAGCAACCUACUCGCCAUUCCAACCCGCCAAGAAUAGGCUCGUUGCAUCCAGACUUCCCUCCCACCAUGGACGUUCAUCUUGUCCGGGCAGCCCCUCGAAAGUCAUGA